AUGUCUAGGCGCAUCUUUGUCGUCACUGGGGCCAACAGGGGUAUUGGAUUUGAAACCGUAAGAGAGCUUGGGAAAAGGCUUAAACUAAGGGAAGCAACAAUAGUCCUGUGCUCGCGAACAAAAGAAGCUGGAGAGAAUGCGGUCUCAAGUUUGGCAAAGGACGGGGUGAAAGCAAAUCUUGAACUCCUGGAUAUAUCACACGAAGGAAGCCGCAAUCGCUUCGCCAGUACACUUCGGCGCAAGUAUGGGCGCGUCGACUGCCUUAUCAACAACGCCGGUGUCGCCUCCCCUCCGGGGUCAAAGCAGCCCAUUACUGAACAAGCAAAGGAGACCUGUGCUGUGAACUACUUCUGCACUAGAGACAUCACGAUGGCCAUAGCACCGUUGUUCAGGCAGGGCUCAAAAGUUGUAUUCCUGAGUUCAAAACUCGAAAAUGCUGGUCCCCCCUUCAUGAGCAGCAAGAACCGCGAUCGUUUGUUUAGUCCUUGUACAACUGUUGAGGACAUCGAUGCUGCAGUGCGCGACUACCUUAAUGCCGCACCUAACUGGAAGGAACAAGGAUGGCCAAGGCUGCCAUACUUGUUCUCAAAGGCCGCAGUGAUUGCGUUGACGGCUGCCCUGGCCCGCCAAGCAGAUAAACGCAAACUUACCCCAGACGUAGCAGGAAUCAUCGUGACUGCUUGUUACCCGGGCUGGUGCAAGACUGAUUUGGCAGGACGGAAAGCUCCCCCCUUGUCAUCUGCAGAAGGCGGUAAAGUAACUGCUCAAGUUGCCUUGCACGCGGGAACAAAGGAGCACGGGAAUCUUGUAGUGGAAGGCAGGGAGAUAAAGGUGCCAUCUCAGCUGUAG